AUGACAUAUUGCAAAAACUGUGGCUUAUAAAAAAAUCACAUUGAAUAAUAAUGUAACUCUUAGAAAUUUUCUCUAUUUCCGUAGUAACAGUAGAAUUAGCCCUUAAAACAAGAAUAUUUGGUUAAUUAAUCAAACUAAUAAAGCUUGAUAGGUUAAACUGAUAAUGCUUUCACAAACUAAUAAAGUAAUCUUAAAUUGCCUGAUCAAGCCAAUAGAUCAUCAAUUGAAGACAUCUAUCUCAAGGAAUUAUUAAAAAAGUAUAAUAACAAGGAAGAUCCUAAUUAAUCUCUGGAAAAUAGCUCGAAUUAGAGUAAAAAGGACAGUUUAAGGGAUAAAUAUCUUAAAGAUGCUUGA